AAUUUACGGGUCGCAGUAUUUCACGUGAGAACUCAACCAUCCCUCUUCUUCCCUCGAGCCGGGAUUCUCUCAGGUCAGAGACUCCCGCUUCGUCUCCUCUGCCGUGCCUGAACCCUAACUCACCGUCGUAGUAAGAACGUUCACAGACAUCGCUGAAAUAGAUAGGAUCGACGGCAAUCUUACCUUCCUUCACCGCUCAGACCUCUUUCCCUUUCUCUCCUUGGUCGACGCGGAAACGCCGAAACCCUAAUCCUAGCCAUCGGCCGUGAGAUCCUUUCUUUUUUUCUAUUGUGCGCGGCGAGGUGAUCGAGGAGUUUCAUGUCGUUUUGGUUUCUGGGAGGUCUUAUUGUUUAUGGCCCAUCACAGCAAAUUUCUUUCUGUUAAUCUCAACAAAUCCUACGGUAAAUCGUCUUCGUCUUCAACCGUUGCCGGCUAUGGAAAUGGCCGUCCUCGCUCCGCUGGUAGCGGCGGUGGGAUGGUGGUUCUCUCCCGGCCUCGGAGCUCCUCAGGGGCCAGCGCGCUUAAGCCUGCGCCGAGGCUGGCUGUUCCGCCCCCCGUGAACCUGCCUUCGCUAAGAAAGGAGCACGAGCGUCUCGAUCCAGCUUUAUCAAAGCCCUCGUCAGGCCAUGGCGGAUCUGGGCUGGGGAUUGGGAACAGCUCUUCUAUGAGCUGGACCAAGCCUACUCCGCCUAUUUCAGAUUUUAGUGAUAAAGAUGGCGGUUCAAGAACUUUGUCUACGGUUGAGCAACGAAGUUUUAGUAGCAGCGUUCAGCCGCAAGGUUUUAUGGAGAAAACUGUGAUAUUGAAAGGGGAGGAUUUUCCGUCUCUUAUGGCAACAUCUACAUAUUUCUCAAAGCAGAAGCAGAAGCAAGUUAACGAGAACUCUGAUGUGUGGGCAGAGAAAGCUGAGCUGCCGUCUGUAGUUGAUAUGAAUCCAAAGUUGAGAUCGUCACCUCCGACUAUGAAGAAUAACCAGGGCAGUGAUGGAAGAUCAAAUCGUGUCUCGGAUUAUUUUGAGCAAUCAAGGAAGGAGGUUGGUACUUUCCCUGGUUCUCUCCCACAUGUGAGAAUGAGGCGCGCAUCUGAUUGGGAUGAUGAUGAGCGAGACAGGAAUCAUGUUGAUCAUUAUGAUGGUCGUGUCUUUCCGGAUGUUGAACCUCGUAGUUCUUUGUCGAAGGAUUCAGGCAGAGGCGAUCCAUAUGGGAAGGAGUUCUCGGCCUUCAGAAAGGAAGAUCGUAAUUUUAACUCUUGGAGGAUAACGGUUGAGCCGAACAGAGAAAUUUUGACUACCCAUCAGUUGCAUGUUGAUAAGGAUCAUUUUGGUCCUAGGAAUUCAGCUAUGAGUAGAGGAACUGGUAAAGAAGGCAGCCAUGAUCGAUUGCCUUUUGGAGACAGAAAAGAAUUUGGCUCCGGUAUGGGCAUUGGUACUGGAGUAGUUACUGAAGGUUCUAUUGACAGGGCCGAAGUUUGGCAAAGAGGGAAACUUUUUAAUAACUCUAAGAUCUCUAAGGGCCAUUUGUCUCCAAGGAUUAAAGGUCUUUCUACAUAUGAUUCAUUGCAGAGUUUCACUAAAGAAAAGUUAAUGCCAAAUGUUGGGAGAUCAUAUACUGAGAAUGCCAGUUGGGGUGGGAAGGAUACUUUUUCUAGUGAUGUCAUGUUGGAUUUGAAGGGUAAAGUGCUCAGGAAAAGGAAAGAAGCUGUAAAGCACGCAGAUCUCUUUGAUCCUGCAAGGGAAUCAUUUGAAGCCGAGCUUGAAAGGGUUCAAAGGCUGCAAGAGCAGGAGAGGCAGCGUGUGAUGGAAGAACAAACUAGACUAAUGGAGGUUGCUCGUAGAGAAGCUGAAGAGAGGGAGAGAAUAGUCCGCGAGGAGGAACAGAGGAGGCGGUUGCUUGAAGAAGAGGCAAGGGAGGCUGCGUGGAGAGCCGAGCAAGAGAAGUUGGAAGCUGCAAGGAGAGCAGAGGAGCUACGGAUUGCAAGAGAGGAGGAGAAGAAGAAGAUUCUUAUGGAGGAAGAAAGAAGAAAAGAAGCUGCUAGGCAAAAGCUGUUAGAAUUGGAGGCCAGGAUUGCAAGUAGGCAGACUGAAGCUAAUGCCAAUGAUAGGAUGAAGGAAAAAAAUUCUGUGAGGGAUUCUGAUCUUUCUAGAAGUGAGAAAACUGAAACAAUAGCGGAACGCAUUAGCAGCUCUCCCUCAUUGGAUUCACCCAGUAUGAGUAGCUUAUCUGAAGCAGGGUUUAGGUCUCACACUUCAAGCGUUGAGAACCAUUCAUUUUAUCAACAUGGAAAGACAGAAAAUAACUGGAACAAUGAUAGCAAUUCAAUUAUUAAAUCCCAAGAUCAAGAUAGUGGUCAUCUAUCUGGACGGCAGGAUGGAUUUUCUUCGAACAGAAGCGCUCACAGGAAACAAUUCCAGGGCAUUUAUGGGCCAAAGUCUGUUGCAACAUCUUUUAAGAGAGGAAUGUCAGGUGAUCAGGCUCAAAUUGCUCAUAGCUGGGAUAUAAACAGGGAUUGUGAUCAAUUUAAUGGGAGAUCCAAUAUUGAUGCCAUGUUUAGUGGAUGGGACCAUGGUCAUUUUGAUGGAAGCCAGCUUGGCCCUUAUUCAGAAAGAUCUUUCCAGAACAGUGAGAUGGAUGACCUAGCCUCAUUUAGUAGGGUUCGUCAUACCAUAAGGCAGCCUCGCGUGCCCCCGCCUCCAUCCAUGUCAUCCUCUGUUCAUAACAAGCCUCUUGGAGCUGCAUCAACAGGCCCUAAUUCAUCAUUUUCAGUUUCCAGCGACGCACGAAUCAACCAAACAGGCAGAAACGAAGAAUCCAAUGUGCAGAGUGUGUAUGAUUGUAGUUAUCGUCAAAGAAUCAUAGAACCCGGAGUACAACCCAGAAUGCCUGAAUUGAUGGAAGAACCUGCUCAAUCUUUGUUGCAAACAGAGGAAAAGAGUAGCCCAAGAUAUGGCUCUCAGUCAUCUCUCUCUGUCUCUAAUCCCCCUAGUUCACCUACCCAACUUUCGAAUGAUGAAUUUGAUGAUUGCGGAGGUUCCCCAGCUAUAACAAUUUCUGCUGAGGAGGAAAAUAUGACCUUCUCUGAGGGCAAAUCCAUGAUACCAGAAUUGGAUGUUGGGAAAAUUGAAUUAGAGGUUAUACCUUUUCAUGGUGAAGAUGAUGAAUGGGCUAUUGAGGACAAUGAAGAAAUGCAAGAAGAAGAUCAUGAUGAGGGUUCUGAUAGUAACCAGGAAGAUAAUGGGGUACAUGAAAAUGAUACUUGGGAGAUUCAAAUGAAAAAUAAGCUUGAAUCCUUGAAUGUAGUUGUUGAGAAACCAAUGGAAAUAGGUCAUGCUUCUUAUGGCAUUGAAAGUAAUGUUCAAUUAGGAACUUCUGGUCACUAUUUGUUUAAUAAGGAUUCUGAAUUCAAUGAAAAGACGAGUUCAAAUGCGGGACAUGACAGUGAUUCCACUGCAGAGCAUAUUUUUGCUGAUAGCAGGGCAGUUGGUUUGCAAUCAGAAGAGAAGAUAUCCGAUAAAAUUUUGAAUGCCUCUUCUGAAAUUGUAGAAGAAGCUGUUAAGGAGCAGGAAGACAUGAUUUUCGGUCUAGUAACAACUGCUGAUCAUCCUGCUGAUGGCAUCAGAGCAUCUAAAAACUCAGGUCAAAAUCCUAUUGCAGCUGUAUCACGUUUACCAUUGCCUUCAACAUCAACACUUUGCUCCAACUCAGCCUCAGUUCGUACCUCUUUUGGCCAGAAUGAUGUGCCUGCUAAGCUUCAGUUUGGACUAUUUUCUAGUCCUCCAUUGAUACCCUCUCCUCUUCCCACUAUUCAAAUUGGUUCAAUUCAGAUGCCACUUCCUCUAAAUUCACAGAUUGAUUCUUUUACCCAUGUAAAUCCUCCACAUCCUCCAUUUUUGCAAUUUGGUCAGAUAGUAUACGCACCACCCACCUCUCAAAGUGUGCUGCCAAUAUCUGCGCAGACCUUUUCCUACACACAUCAUCCUUCUGGAGGCUCCUCAAAGAACCAAGUGAGUCAAGAUCCUACUUCAACAAAGGGCUUGGAAAAACGACAUCCUUCUUAUUCAGCAGAUAAGCAACCUGUUUGUUCUCCAGGGAUCACUAACCCAUCUCAAAAUAAUUUGGAUUCUGAACAGCCUACUGCAUUGUUGGAUAUACCAAGGGAUGAUGUUAUUAAUUCGAAGAGACGGAUAGCUUCAGCUGUUUCUGAUGAGAAGAAAGAUUUUCAAAACUUGAUUUCCCAUUCAGGCUAUCCUGAUGCUAUUUCAAAUAAGAACUUUAGAUCCAUGGUUUAUUCUAAACGGACACGAGGCAGAUCAAAUUUUGAUUCAUUUUCUUCUGCUAGAAAAUCUUUGGCUGGGCUGAAAGCUCCUGAAACUAUAUCUGAGAUUAGAGGGAGCAGAUUAACAUACAAUGUUAGAAAUGCUGGUUCCCUUUCAUCCUUUGCAAGGACUGAAACCUCAUAUGUAAAUGCAAAUCGACCUCAAAGAAAGGUUCAGAGGCAUAUUCAGGGAACAGAAUAUAGAGUUAAGGAGAGUGGAGCAAGGCAAAUGCAAUGCACAGAGGGUUUUAAACAAAGUAGCUACAAUUGGAAGCCCAAUUCUGGUAACGAUCCUGUGGGGAUUCCCUUAAGAAAUGUGGGCAAGAAGGGUGCUGUUACAAGUAAAUCAACAAAGCUGAUGAAUGAAGAAGCAGCCCUUUCUGAUGCACAAGUUAUGGGUGUGAUUAGCAAUAUGAAACUAGACAAUAAGAGAGAAACUCUGCAGACCAGCAUGUCUGCUUCUACCAAUUUUUAUGGGGGCAGAGGAAAUUUAAACAUGAACGGGCUUCCAGAGGAUGAUAUUGAUGCUCCUUUGCACAGUGGCAUUGUCAGGGUUUUUAAUCAGCCUGGAAUUGAAGCUUCUUCUGAUGGUGAUGGUUUUGUUGAGGUACGGUCUAAAAAGAAGAUAUCAAAUGAACGGCGAGGGCAGAGGGAGAGAGAAACCAAUUCCAAACAUAAGGCCACAAGAGUACCUCACAGGCAUCGUGUUACUCUUUCAAGUAAUGGAAUCGCCUAUAAAUCAGAUAUGGUUACUACUUUUACAGAUGGAGGUGCUGCAAAAAAUGUUCAUUCUGUUCCUGCCAUUUCACAUAGAAGGCCAUCAUCUGAUCCGGAGGCCCCAAAGUUAACUACUACAAGCAUGAUAUGCCCGACAAUAGCAGCAAUUGGCAGCCCUGAUGUGAACUCUGCUGAUUAUGAUUCAAAGUUCAAUAGUCUGAAGUCCAGUCGUGCAGGUUCUGAUUUAGCCAUAGCUAAUGAUAGAGGGAAUGUUGAGCCUAGCUUGUCCUUUGGUAACAAUAUUAUUGCUCUUGAUAAGGCUUCAGUACCUUUAGGUUCUUGGGGAACUGUUCACUUGAAUCAGCAGGCAGUUACCUCUAACCAGUCUCAACUUGAUGAGUCCUCGAAUCCUGUGCAAUGUAAUCCAAUUGGACUUGCGAAAGUUUCUUCAGAUGAUAACAAGCACGCACCAACUACUAUGAUCAAGGACAAAUCAUCGUUUUCCUCUGAGAACCUGCCGAACUUCCCAUUUGAUGAGGAGAGAAUUCAGUUUGGUGCUGUCAUGUCACCACCACCGCUGCCUCCUUUCAGCCAACCUGCCCCAAGUGGCAUAUGGCCUCCUGGCUCGGUUAUACUGAAUUCAUCAAUUAUUCAUCACUUACCUGCGACUGAUCGUAGUGAUAGUAAAAUUUUUGAUAGAGAAAAGUGCCCUAGUGGUUCUUGUACGCACCUGGAUGACACUGAGGCUGAAGCAGAAGCUGCUGCUUCUGCUGUUGCUGUUGCUGUAAUUACUAAUGAUGAAAUAACUGUUUCUACGUUAGGCACAAGCUCCAUUUGUGGUAUUGGAACCAAAGGACUAAGUUGUCCAGGUGUGACUAGCUGCACUAGUACAACUGGUCAAUCAGCAAGUGAAGAGUCAUUGAUUGUCACUCUUCCGGCAGAUCUAUCUGUGGAUGCACCGCUCUCAUUGUGGCCACCGUUACCGACUCUUCACUCAUCUCGUCCCAUGCUUUCCCAUAUGGCUGGGCCACAACCUUCUCCUUUUCCUUUCUUUGAUUCAAACUCCAUGCUAGGUGGACCCAUUUUUGCAUUCAGGUCCCAGGAUGAUUCCACUGGAACUCUGGCACAACAACAACAGAAUCCAACUUUUCUUUCAGGGCCAACUGGAACGUGGCCACAAUGCCAUUCUGGUGUUGAAUCAUCAUUCUAUGGAUCACCAGCAGGGUUUCCUGCUCCAUUUAUGAGUUCCCCUACUGGGCUCUCUGGCGUUCAUGGUCAUCCUCCAAUGGUAUUUUAUAAUCAUUUUGCUCCUGUUGGGCAAUUAGGUCAAGUUGGCCUUAGUUAUAUGGGCAGUGCUUACCUACCUAGUGGAAAGCAGACUGACUGGACACACGGCUCAGAUGGUACUGCUGCAGUGAAUGUGAGCAAGGCUGAUACCAGCAAUCUAAACGUUGUUUUUGGACAACAAAAUGCAGCCCAUGUGCCUACUUCAAUUCAGCAUUUGUCUACGGGAUCAGCAGUCAUGCAAGUGACUUCACCGUUUACUCUGUUCAAUCUUAGGCCCUUCCAGUCAUCAGCAGAGAUACCAGUUCCAGCUCAAUGGCCACCCAUCCCACAUCCUCAUUCUCCCAGUUCUAUUCGACGCUCAACGGCGCCCGAACAGCUCCAAAGCAUGCCUUCCGAUCCGCACCAUUCCGCCACGGUCGAUCUGCCGGACGAACUCAGCCUCGUCGAAUCCACACAGACCGUCCGAUCCUCUUCAAGAAACCAUUCAACAACUAGCAUAAAAAAUGAUUCAAAAGGCAUUAUUCCAAAUUCUGGAAUUGGAAAGACUGAAGAUUCAGGAGGCUCUUCUUCUCAGAAGAUAAGUUCUGGUGGCCAAUAUGGCCGAAGAAACACAUUUCAUGGAAAAUAUGGGAACACCAACAGCUCUAAUAGGAGUAUUGGAUCUUCUAAAAUGAAGCAAAUCUAUGUGGCCAAAACUCUUCUAACCAGUCCUGGAACCUCAAGCUGAAGGUCUCUAAGGUCAUUUAUGGCUUCUGGUUUCUUUGGAAUCUUCUAAUAUUUCCAGCUUCAGAUUAUUUGGUGUAAAAGGGAAGAAGAAGAGAAGAGCCUUUGUCUUCUACAGAAUAAACACGCAUGAGAUGCUUUAAGUGAUUUUUUUUUUUCUUUUUUUUUUGUGGGCUCCUGAGAAGGGAAGCCUUGUAUCUCUUUAUGAAAUGCUUAGUUUAGCAUUUGUUAAGGAUUUUGCUUGUUGGGUAGAUUGGAAUGAAAAUAAUUUGGGUCGGAAUAUUUUUAUCAAAUUUUGAUUAUGACGAGUCUUAUGAUUAUUGUAGUUAUUUUGAGAUGAAUGUAAUUGAUGAAGAAUUAAUCAAAUUUUAUGAUGC